ACGGUUGCGCUCACUGAGACAUUGUGUUCAUUUCAUAUUGGAGUUUAAAAAUUGUCAAAUAGCUUUUGUCAAUUUAUUAUUAAAGGGAAAACCAAACGGACACACUGUGCUUUUUCACGUUAUAGACAAGUCUUUCAUUUUGCGAUUAAAAAACAAAUAAGUAGGAAUAAAAUAGAAAUUUAUUUUGCUAACAGAAUUCAAUAUUCCUGCAAAAUGUUCAAGUCUUUUGGUUUGAAAAUGAAACCUGGGAGCAGGUACGAUUGUUGCACUCUGAAAUCUCUGCACAUAUCGGGUGUCGCCGUGGAGAAGGGCAAUAUGGCCAAGAUUUACCUAAAGUCCCAGAAGAAAACGUUCAUUUUGGCCACUGUGUCGCAAAAGAUUCCCCAGGCGUCGCUGGACUUAAACUUUAGCGGGAGCGAACAGAUUACGUUCACCGCGAAAGGCAAUGCCACGGUUUCUUUAUGGGGCUACUGGACUGGCAAUGACGACUCGGAUAACGAAGAGCCGCUCAAGGUCAAGGUGGUCAAGCCAUCGCCCAAGGCUAAUGCCAAGAAGAAAGGUGCCAAGGAGGAGAAUGGCGUCGCUUCUGCGGAGGAGAAAGACGAUGAUGCUGAUGAGGAGGGCAAGAGUGGUAAAAAAGAAUCCCUAGACUCCGGUGAAGAGAACUUGUCACUUAUAGUAAAUGUAGAUAAUGAUGAGGAAAAUGAGAUUGGUGAAAAAGAGGCCUCAGACUCUGAUGAAGAGGAGGUAGAUCCACCCAAGGGCAAGAUUGCCAAACUAUCACCGAGGACCACUGCCAUGAAGAAAAAGUUUAAGAAAUAAAAUUUUAAACUAACUCUUUUUAUUCGAUAAAUCCAAAGAUUUUCUUUUUGCAGUUU